UAGGGAAAAUAACAUAGACAGUGAACGCCAUGGCGGAUUAAACUCAGUAAAGACCAUGACCGUGAAUCUCAAAACCGAGAGGCUGAGUGGAAGAAUGGAGGGAAAAACUUAUCUGGAAAUUGGAGCUGAUGGCGUGGCUAUCAUCACCAUCAACAACCCACCUCUUAAUUUGCUCUCCGUCGAUGUGAUGCUUAGCCUAAAGGAGAACACUGAGCAGGCUCUUCAAAGGGAUGAUGUGAAAGCAAUAGUAAUUACAGGUUCAAAUGGGAAGUUCUCAGGAGGUUUUGAUGUCACAGCUUUUGGGAAAAAGGGAAAGCAUGGGAAGCUUGGAUUUUGGUCAAUAGAUUUUGUCACAGACAUUUUAGAGGCUGCCAGAAAGCCCUUAGUAGCUGCUAUAGAUGGCCCUGCUUUAGGUGGGGGAUUGGAGAUUGCAUUGGCUUGCCACGCACGGAUAUCAACCUCUUCAGCAGUAUUGGGCCUGCCCGAGAUUCGAUAUGGAAUUCUACCGGGACUGGGUGGGACACAGCGUCUGCCACGCCUUGUAGGUCUUCGCAAGGCUCUUGAAAUGAUCUUGAUGUCAAAAUUAGUGAAUGGAAACGAUGCACGAGGCAUGGGUCUCGUGGAUGCGAUAUCUUCAGUAGAUGAAUUGGUUACCGUUGCUUGUCACUGGGCUAAAGACAUUUUAGCGCAUAAAAGGCCGUGGAUUGUUAGUCUUUACAGAGCAGAUCGAUUAGUGCCCCUAACAGAGGCUAAGAUGAUGCUUGAGCAUGCCAGAGUUAAGUCCAGAAAACAAUCGCCAAAUCUCAAACAUCCAUUGGUUUGCAUUGAUGUCAUUGAAGAAGGAUUAAUUCGUGGUCCAAGAACUGCACUUUGGAAGGAAUCGGAGGCAUUAAAUGAACUUCGACAAUCUGACACUUGUAGGAGUUUGGUCUACUUCUUCUUUGCGCGGCAGAGAACUUCCAAGGUGCCUGGUAUAACUGAUCUGGGUUUAACACCAAGGAAAGUGAAUACAUUUGCUGUUGUUGGUGGAGGAAUAAUGGGUUCUUCCAUAACAACGGCACUCAUUCUUAGUAAAUACUCGGUGAUUUUGAAAGAAAUGGAUGAAAAGGCCCUGCUGACUGGAAUUGAAAGAGUGAAAGUAAAUUUGCAAGAUCAUGUCAACAAUGGCAAACUGGAAGAAGGAAAGCUUGAUAAAACCCUCUCUCUUUGUAAAGGUGUUCUCCGCUAUGAAGGUUUUAGUGAAGUGGAUAUGGUCAUCGAGGCUGUUGGUGAAAAUAUUUCUUUAAAGCAGAGAAUUUUUGCUGAGCUUGAAAGUUAUUGCCCACCACUAUGCAUACUUGCGAGCAGUUCUUUCAAGAUAAACUUGAAUUCAAUCAGUGAAAGGAUGAAAUUGCAAAACCGUUUCGUCGGGACUCAUUUUUUCAGUCAAGCUCAUUCCGUGCCGAUCCUGGAGAUAGUUGCAACAGAAAAAACAUCUCCUCAAGUCAUUGUUGACUUGCUAGCUAUUGGAAAGAAGAUGAAGAAAAUCCCGGUAGUAGUCCACAAUUCCACUGGGUUUGCAAUGAACCGGAUGUUCUUUCCUUAUUCACAAGCAGCUAUGAUGCUUGUUGAACAUGGAGUUGAUCUCUAUCAGAUUGACCAAGCAGCUGAAGCAUUUGGAAUGACAACUGGGCCAUUUAGAAUGAUCGAUUUUGUCGGUUUCGAGGUUUUAACUGAAAUGAAGGUCCAAUUCAGAAAUAACUUUGGAGAGAGAUUCAAUGAGUCGAAGCUGACUUCAGUCAUGCAAGAGGCCAAUCAAUCAGGUGAAACUACGAAAAAGGGUUUCUACAUCUAUGACAGGGAGGCCAAGUUUACCUCUAACCCUGAUAUUAUAAAGUAUGUCAACAAGGCAAGGAGCAUCUCCAGUUUUGGUGUUGAUUAUGAGUUGAUGAAAUUGUCCGAUGAAGAGAUAGUUGAAAUGAUCAUCUUCCCUGUUGUCAAUGAGGCAUGCCGCCUUCUCGAGGAGAAAGUUGUUAUCAAGGCAUCAGAUCUCGAUGUUGCUUCUGUUACCGGCAUGGGGUUCCCAGAAUAUAGGGGGGGAAUCAUUUUCUGGGCUGAUACCAUUGGACCAAACUAUAUAUGUUCGAAACUGGAGAAAUGGACAGAGACUUUUGGAGCGUUCUUCAAACCCUGCUCCCACUUAGCAGAAAGAGCUUCGAAAAGAACAUCUCUGGGGAGAGAGGAGCAAGCGAAGUCUCAACUAUAGCCGAAGAAUGACACCAUGGAGACUCGGAAAAAAAUCAGUAGGGAAAUUAUACGAGUCAUGACGAAUGCACACAAAAACAUAUAUCUAAAUGCCUGUAUUAUAUGUAUGCGUAUACAAUGUGCCCGAUGUAUUCAUCAUUGUAUGUAACGAUUCAACCGUGCACUUUGAAUGGUACAAAUAGAUCAAGCAUUUCCAAA